GUCCGACGAGCGGUGCUAUCGUGAGAGAAACGCCCAGUUUUCGCGAACUAGUGAACAUCGCUGCGAUUUCUUCAACGACGUGAUUCGAACUAACUACAACAAUGCCAAAGCGUGAAGGGUAUCAAGACGUUUUGUGGAUCGUACUCCAACCCGAACACUUUUGAAGAUCAUUUUUCGCGAACUAGUGGACAUCGCUGCGCUUUCUUCAACGUCGUGUUCUGAACUAACCACAACAAUGCCAAAGCGUGAAGGGUAUCAAGACGUUCUGUGGAUCGUGUUCCGACCCGAACACUUCUGAGUAUUUGUUUUCGCGAAUAGUGGACAUCGCUGCGCCUUCUUCAACGUCGUGUUUCGAACUAACCACAACAAUGCCAAAGCGUGAAGGGUAUCAAGACGUUGUGUGGAUCGUGCUCCAACCCGAACACUUUUGAAUAUCAGUUUUCGCGAAUAGUGGACAUCGCUGCGCUUUCUUCAACGUCGUGUUCUGAACUAACCACAACAAUGCCAAAGCGUGAAGGGUAUCAAGACGUUCUGUGGAUCGUGUUCCGACCCGAACACUUCUGAGUAUUUGUUUUCGCGAAUAGUGGACAUCGCUGCGCUUUCUUCAACGUCGUGUUUCGAGCUAAUCACAACAAUGCCAAAGCGUGAAGGAAAUAAAGCCUUUAGAAAAUAUCAGAUUUUAAAAAGUCCAGCUAGUCUCGAAUAUUACCAGAAAUUAAGAAAUGAUGUCAUUUCCGCUAUUAGGCGGGAGAAAGCAGCAUAUCUAAGCUUCAAUGAACAACUAAAUAGUAACAAGCAUCUCUGGAAAGCUUCUCUUUUUAAUUUUCGGGAAAGUAAAGAAAUCUUUAGGACUUAGAUCGAGACUAUAUGGAGGAUGGUCCA